AUGGCUCCUACUCCUGCCUUCGUUCUCUACCUGUACAACCCUACCUUGGUGGGUUCUGUGCUAUUUGCAGUACUCUUCUUCCUGACGACUGUUGCCCAUCUUUAUCAACGAAUUCGUGGCCAUGCCAAGUAUUUCAACCCCUUCAUCGUUGGAGGAAUCUUCCAGAUUAUCGGCUACGGAGCCCGUACCUUCUCUCACUUCAAUGACACAUCGACUAUCGGUUAUGCUAUGCAGAGCCUGUUCUUGCUUCUCGCACCAAUCUUAUACGCCGCCUCUAUCUACAUGGUACUUGGCCGCAUCAUCAGACACGUCCAUGGCGAACAUCUGAGCGUUGUUCCCGUGAACUUCAUGACCAAGACCUUUGUUGGUGGAGACGUGCUCUCUUUCAUUCUUCAAGCUGCUGGUGGUGGUGUUAUGACCGGCGGAUCCAAGACCAGCGCCACUAUCGGCCAGUGGAUCAUUGUUUCGGGUCUUUGCGUCCAACUUCUCUUCUUCGGAGCCUUUGUCCUUUCUUCUCUCUUCUUCCACUUCCGAAUCAACCGGGCACCCACAGCUGAGUCCCAGGAGACAAUGCGCUCUUCUAAGUUCUUCUGGCCCCGCGACUGGAGAGGACUUCUCUUCGCUUGCUACGUUGUCAGUGUGCUGAUCGUCAUUCGAUCCAUCUACCGUCUGGUCGAAUUCAUUCAGGGGAACAGCGGCUAUGUCAUCGGCCACGAGGUCUUCCUCUAUGUCUUUGAUGCUACUAUGAUGUUCAUUGCCAUGAUUGUGAUGAACUUCUUCCACCCAUCCACUGUUCUGCAGAAGGACCCCGUCGAGGUCCGCUCCGAGCCCAAGACCAGCGCCAGUGUCUCCGAUGUUUAA